AUGAGUUGUAGGGAGGGACUUAUGUCACCACAAAUAGAGACUAAAGCAAGUGUUGGAUUCAAAGCUGGUGUUAAAGAGUAUAAAUUGACUUAUUAUACUCCUGAAUAUGAAGUCAAAGAUACUGAUAUCUUGGCAGCCUUCCGAGUAACUCCUCAACCCGAAGUUCCGCCUAAGGAAGCAGGGGCCGUGGUAGCUGCUGAAUCUUCUACUGGUACAUGGACAACUGUGUGGACCGAUAGGCUUACCAGCCUUGAUCGUUACAAAGGGCGAUGCUACGACAUUGAGACCACUCUCGAACCAUCACACAGAUUCCAACCCAGUACUAUUUGUUCCCUUGCUUUCUCUUCACUUUGCCGCUCAAAAAGACAAAGAUUUCAGUCUAAACUAAAGGGGUUGUGGGAUAUCUGA